CGACCAGGAGCAGGAGCAGCCGCCGCCCGCCUCCGCGCUGACGCGCCGUCGAGCGCUCGUGCCGCCCAAGCUCAUCACCGACUCCGUCGACGACCGCCGCCUGUCCGCGGGUUCAGACAACUCUCAGCGAACUCGCCGCAGCUCCAUCGUGGUCAUCCCCCCAAUGCAGAUCUGCCCAGGCGAUCUCCUGGUGUACAGCAAAGUACUCACCAAUCGUAACAAUCUCUUGGAUAUUGAUGGUUCAACGACAAGUCUUGCUGUAUCUGACACAGGCACUGAUAGUAAGAGAAGACCGUGGUCAAUGAAUAUUCCACAGUCCUGGCUGCUUCACGGAUCAGCUGAGGAUAUCAAUCGGCCCGAAUUUCCAAGCGGAUCUUUGCGAAGACAAAAGCGUAUACGCUACCGAUCGGCGACGACACUUGAUGGGGUGAACUCCAGAAAAGGAAAGAACACAUGGUCACUUUUAAGAUUAUUCGAGCGAUCUAGCCGAGGCAAGUCCGGAAGCAUCUGCGGGCUGGAAGAGGUUCUGAACUGCCUGCAGCGGAUAGAUUUCGAUGACGAGCAACUGUCACGGUUCCGCGGAAUGUGCUGGAGCGAGUUCGUGCAGUACUGCGAGAAGAAGGAGAAGGCGGGCAGCGGUAGCGGCAGCGGCAGCAGCGGCAGCCAGAGCGGCAGCGGCAGCGCCUCCUCCAGCGAGGCGUCCAGCCCCGACCGCGUGCCCGCCGCGCAGCCUGCGCCGCCCCCGCCGCCCCCGCGCGCCCCCAGCCCGCCGCCGGCUCCCACGCCGCCCCCGACGCGGCCGCUGCGCCGCUGCCUGCAGCGCGCGCAGAGUGAGCGCUGCUUCGAGCGCCGCCUGAUGGGAGCGCGCGCCGUCUGGAAGGGGCUGGACCGCUCCCUGCCGCUCAAGCCCAGCCCGCUGGUGUCCACGCUCAGCGAGAAAGACCUGCUGGUGUCGCCCGUGUCCACAACCAGCCGCAUCGAGAGCAAACGACGCGAGGCCCUGUGGGACCUCUUCCAGAGCGAGUGCGCCUUUCUCUACGACCACCUCAUGGUUCUCAAAAACGUGUUCAUGGAACCACUUAAGAAGAUACAAGUUGAGGGAUUUGCUAUGUUUGCUGAACCUGAGCUCCUGUUUGGGAAUUUAGACGAGCUAUGUUGUGUAACGUACGCAUUCUGUAAGGAGUUCAUAAGCUUGAUGUUGGAAAACGUUGGACCUAAUGGUGACCUGCCUGUUACCGACGUCUUGGUCAAGUUAUUUCAAAAGAGUUCGCAGGCUGAUUCAGUCUCACAAGCAUACCACUGUUAUGCACUGAAUUACAUCAAUGCUCUAAAUUAUCUAGAGACCCUAAGAAGGCACGUGGAAUUCUGCGAAUUCGAAAAGUGGUGCAACAGGGAUCCGAGAUGCAAGAAGCUGCAGCUAACAGAUUUGCUAGUGGCUCCAGUACAGCACAUAAUGAAAGUUCCACUUAUCCUAAAGGAAGUAGAAACGAGGACUGAAGAACCAGCAGAGAGAGAAUUGAUAGCUCAAAUUCUAGAAGUUGAGGAAAACUCCAUCAGGGAGCUAGAUGACAAGAUGAAAUGGUUGAAAAAUUUUGAAAGACUUUUGGAAAUACAGAGAAACAUAGUGUGGCCAUCAGUUUUUGAGCUGGACUCUAAAGUCUAUGUUCCAGAAUUUCUGAAACCUGCACUUAUGAAGCAACCAUGCGACAGAAUUAUUGUUAGCCCUAGAAGGCAAAUCAUUAUCGAAGGUCCAUUGCAAGUUUGGGAUACAGGAAAGCCACAGGAGAUGUACGUCGUCUUAUUUGAUGACAUGCUUUUGAUUACACGGAAGAAGAAAGGAUUAUCAAAAAAGAAAUCAUCCAUUUCUGAGAACUGGGCAAGUUCAUGCAGCCGUGGGUCACCCUCCAAUGAACCUGCAGUGCGCUACAUUGUGUACAAACAACCACUGUCACUAGAUCGCUUCUUCAUUCAUGACGUGACAACCCUGGAAAGCGCCAGUUGUCGCUUGGAAAAUGCAUUUGUUUUAGUGAGCUUGAACAGAUUUCAACAAGUUGUUACCAUUCACACAUUUCAAGCCCCAUCUGAUCAAGUAAAGCAAACGUGGCUGCUGAAGCUUAGAGACACCCAGGACAAGUGGAAACGGACACUUCAACAUACAGUCUUUCGUUCACCCCGUCUGUCCACCUGCAGUGCAAAGUCUUCCACCUGACUACCUUCUGAUAUUGGGUUGUCUUCAAGCAUGAUAUGAAACAUAAUGAAACGUUAUUUUUUGUAUAAUUCUUCUAGAUAAGUGUACUGAAUGUGAAAUAACUAUGUUAUGAAGAUAUCUAUUAUUUACAACAUAAUGAAGUACCAGGCAUGAAAAGAAAGUUGUUUUUACAGAAAGAAUAUAUUUUAUCUAAAAUUUAGGCAUAUAAUAUAUUUAAUUAAAAAUUAAUCACAUUGUAAGUGGGAAUAUAAGUUAACCAGAUGUGGAGUAAUUUUCAUAUACAUUUCUUACUUUUUUAACUUUUAAAUUCAUAUAUUAUGUUCCCACUGACAUAUUUUUAAUGAAAAUUUUGAUAAUUAAUAUUUGACUGGUGCUGUGGCACAACUAAAUACAAUCAUUAUGAGUAAUAGAACUUGCAAGAUUGUUAUUUUUGUUGUGGGAAAAAUAUUUUACUAAAAGUAAUUGCACACAGUAUUUAAUUGUAAAUGAACCAUGUUCUCAGAAAAUAUGACUUAUAUUUGGAUGAAAUUACUGAAACAACAGUAACAACCAAUUGCAAUUGUGUUUUUCUUCAGUUGAUCUAUGCUGUUUUCCUCCAAAGAAUGGAACAUGCUUCAUAGCAUAAUUUACAAGCAACAUGUCUCAGUUUGUAAGAAAUGACUGAUGAUCAACUUCAUACUUUUUUUUACCUUUUACGCGAUCUCAUGUAGUUUAUGGUGUUUGUGGUCAUGAUCAUGAGAAGAAACACUUGUGAUCUGUAAUAAAAGCAGUGCGUGAUGAAGUAUAUGGAAUGUGCUGGCUUUGUUGUCUAAGAGUAGUAAUAUGUGUGAUAUACAUUGUUCUCCAGAAAUAUUAUGACACUUUGCAUAACAAUGAAUUCCAACUAGUUUCCCUUUGAUUCUUUAAAAGUUAUAAGAAUGUGAUGAAAAAUGGUGACUAAAAGCUGUCCAAACAAAUGAAUGUGAAUGUAGUAACAAUAAUCCAAGGGCUAUACUAAUAUCUCCAAAGGAAAUAUUUAGUAUGUGAAGAAAUUACUUGUCUUCCAUGUUCUUCUUGGUUCACAGAAAUUAAAUAUUCUAUUGUUGUUACUUGAUGCAAUUACUGUAAAUGAUUUCACUUUAUUUGUAUGUACUGGAUUCAAUGCCAAACAAAACAGAAGUACUUGACUGGCAAACUAUGUUCAACAAUAUAGUAUUAUAUUUUGAUCCAUGUAGGUGUCUGCAUUAUGACUCAUUCAUGUGUUUGGAAUCUCAGUGAUUAUUCUUAAAUUGUUGCAUGUUAGUAAUAUUCUUUUGUCAGAAAUUAGUAAUGCAUUGUAUUUAAAUUGUUAAAUAAUCUGCAUGUAAUUGUUGUAUUUAAUUUUCUCUUGUUCAUGAAUAUCUACCAACAGGACCAUGUUUCCAUCACUCCUUAGAUUCUUAACACUGAAACAGUAAAAGUGAAUCUGCUCUAGUGUGAUCCAUAAAUUUGUUUCAGUGAUUGCAAGUGUGAAAUGUGAGCUAUAUCCACAAACGUUUAAAAAUGGAUAUGUAAGUAUUGUUCUGUAAUGAUAAAUUUGUAUCUUAAUUAAUUUUUAGACACUGAGCCACUUGCUUAAGGGAUAAUACUUUUUCUCAUGUUUUCUACGUUUUAUGAUAGAAAUAUUACUUUCUGAACUAAAGGUAUUUCUCAUAAUAAGUGUGAGCAGCUGCCAUAUGAUGAAAGCUAAUGAAGAUUCACAUCACUGUAAAUAACUACCAGCUGAGGAACUAAAGAUAUAAUAUAUCCUGGAAGCUGAGAUCUUCCAUAACGACACUUCUAGGUAAUUAGUGUGAGUUAUUUUGGGUACUGUAUUCUGCAGUUUUGGGGAUCUCAUAAUUAUUUCGUUUUCUUAAUAUACAGUGAUCAAGGAAUUCUAUAUUUCACAGUGUAGUCAAAUCUAUUCUUCUGAAGGUAAUUUCAUUUCACAGGAGAAUUGUGAUUUCCUUCACACUAGGAUUUGAAUUCAGUUACUGCAUGAGAAUACUUACAUACUCUGUAGUCAAAAUUUCCACCUCAGUAUCCUAAAGACAAAAGAUAAGUUUGACCAUUUAAAUGAUUCAGUACAUUUGAUAAGUUCAGAAAAUUCCACCGUCUUCUGCAAGAUAAUCAUCUUUGAUGUAUCUCUGUUGCUGAAAUCAAAGCUGGAAGUACAUAUCGAAACAAUAUUAUUUCUGAUUUGUUUGCUAAUACUAGGCUUAGCACCAAAAAAUCUGGAAAACUGUGUCACUCACAGGAACAUUAACAGUCCAUAGAUAUGAGAAGUCAAUGAUAAUAAUUAGCAGUCAAAACUGAUGUCCUUCAAUAAUAAAAAUUUAGCUACAAAAGAUAUGCUAUUCUCUGAGACUGUGUGUAUUGGACCUCAGAGAAUUGUAACAUGUGUUUCAUCAUUCAGGUAAGUCCAUGAAAAACUAAUAUUUUAACUAAGUAAUGUGUGGGAAAUGCAGGUAAUAAAUAAUCAUGUGUCUUCAUUUAUGAAGGACUGUCUGAGGCAAUUUGGUUUCUAUAGUUUACCACAUUUAUAAGAGACAAAAUCCAAAUACUCCCAGCAAUAUUUAGAUACAUGACAGAAAUCUGUCUGAUGAUGCAAAUGAGUGGAGUUUCGAAUGAACUGGCAACAAACUGAAUUCCAUAUUUGCCAUGCGGAAAUAUCAUAAAGAGAUUAUGGAAGAAGAAAAAACAAAGUACCUACCAGCAUAGUAAAUUAAAAUUUAUUUGGUGUAGGCAUAUUAUAAAGAUGAUGUGGUAAUCAUUGUAAAUAGAGGAUACUUAUGGUAUGGCUUAGAAAAGGUGAGUGCUAAGUGCAUCAAACAAGUAGAGAAAAGCUGUAUAAUACUAGAAUAUGCCCAUUUCAAAAUAAGAGAAAAAUUAUUUACAGGUAACAGGAAAUGAAACGAUUUUUUUCCAAAUUGUAGUUCAGUAAUCUAUUGAACGAAAACCUAUAGCCCUCAUUGAUGAACACAUACUAAUGAUUUUUUUCGUAUUGAGUCCAACACAAAAAAUUAAUACACUAUUUUCUUGCAUUCAGGUAGAUUCCCCUGUAUAGUCGUAACUUCUUUGAAGUGUAAAAAUCUUCAGGUAUUUGGAAACACUAUCAUUACACACAAAUCUUCUGUAAUGUUUAUGUUUCCAACAAUUUGAAAUAUUCACAUUCAGUCAGCCUACAUACUCAGUCAUACUACAUAUGCCUAUUCAAGCAGUUUUCAUGAUUGACUUUGUUUUAAUUGUUAUGUCCCUGCUCCCUGCUUCUCCAGUUUUCCAAGAUGGAUUAGUGAUCAGAAAUUGAUCACAUUUAUGCAAUAAAGCCGGAUUUCAAUGACGAAGCUGGAACAUACAGAAUUUGACACUGAAAGUUAAGCACAUAGCAUUACUUCUGGUGCACAGUGUUAAGUAAUAAGUGUUUUCUCAAUUGAGUAAAGGAUAUGAAUUCAAGCCCACACUUGGGACACAGCUUUCAUCAGUCAGAUCGUUUUAUUAUGAUGCAGCCUACAUACUCAGUCAUACUACAUAUGUCUAUUCAAGCAGUUUUCAUGAUUGACUUUGUUUUAAUUGUUAUGUCCCUGCUCCCUGCUCCUCCAGUUUUCCAAGAUGGAUUAGUGAUCAGAAAUUGAUCACAUUUAUGCAAUAAAGCCGGAUUUCAAUGACGAAGCUGGAACAUACAGAAUUUGAAACUGAAAGUUAAGCACAUAGCAUUACUGCUGGUGCACAGUGUUAAGUAAUAAGUGUUUUCUCAAUUAAGUAAAGGAUAUGAAUUCAAGCCCACACUUGGGACACAGCUUUCAUCAGUCAGAUCGUUUUAUUAUCAUGCACACACUGUUACAAAGUAAAAUAUUUGUUUCAGUAUGUUGAUUUCAGCAAAUGUUUCACUAAAACCUAAUACUGAUCUGUAUAUAAACUGUAUUGAUAUUUUGGUGUUCCAUGCAAGCCAAGUAAUUUCCAAUAGUUAAGAUGAAUUUUAAAUGUGCUACAUGUUUUCAUUUCAUAAUACAUUGCCACCCUGUAACAAAAUCAGCCUUCACAGAAACACUAAGUUUGGGAUCAUACUACAUCUCUUCUCUCUUUCCUUUGAUUUUCUUCUGUUGGAGAGGUCCCUAAAAUAAAAUUUAGUUAAUUAUUUAUAAGCCAGUGUUCUAGUCUCCAAUGUUGCCAGCUUCUGCUACCAACGUGUUCUAAUUGUUUUUUCACUGAAUCAAAAUGCAAAAUAUGAAUUACAUAGCAAAGAACAAAAGUAUUAUUAAUGUUUAUCCAUUUUCCAACCCUGAGAUUAGAUACACACAAUAUCAUUAAUACAAUAAGUACAUAUGUAAAACCAUGAGAAAUGAUCGUUACAGAACUGUGGUUAUUGUUCCUAACAUCCAGGCAAUUUGUAAUAAUCAGUUAUCUUAGUAACUAAAAUAUUUUUGCUCUAGGAACACAAAACUUUAAUUACUUACUCCUAACUGGAACUGAUGUUUCACAUAUUUGUUGAAGCCUGAUGCAAAUCAUUCAGUCAAUUUAGAAAAAUGCAUUGUAGCAUUUUCUUGAAUUUCUUGCUAAAAUAUGGUAAAAUUUAAAAAAUAGAUCUUUCAAUAUUUCCAACCCAGAUUUUAAAAAUUAUAAUUUACGAGUGACCUGAAUUUUAAGUAUGAUUGUAAAAUGUUCUUAUACUUAAAGUAAUGAUCACUUUAUGCAAUGUACAUAUGGCAUUUUAUCCUGGAAACACUUCUCUAAAAAAGACAUUUAAUCAAUAUAUGAUAUAGUUUAAUGUGUCAGUCGUUUUUGUUUUGUAUACAAACACUUUAAAUCCAGUGUUAAUAUAUUUAUAGUAUGUAGAAAAGAGGUUUCAUGCAUGGUGAAUGUUACAACUACUUACACACAAUUGGUCAUAGUGGAGCUGUGUCAUAUGAUAUACGAAAUUAGAUGUUCAGGUUUUUCAUCUGAUACUCCAAAAAUGCCAUAUUACUUUCGCAAGGAAUAUCUCUAAAUAAUCAUGUGUUUAAAGGUGUGUGAUGUACUGUGAGUCAAGUGAAACGACUAUAUUUUUGACAUUUUGUCAAAUACAAUGUAAAGAACGUUUACAGCUCUCUGAUAUGUUCAUGAGCUGCCUUUAUUACCACUACUGGAACCAAAAUCAGUGUGUGGUAAUUUUAAAAAACUUUAACAGAGCCUCAGAGUAUAGGAGAUUUUGUUCCCGUCUAUGUGUAUAAACUGCUAAAUAUAAGAUAUACGAAGUAAAGAUUAUCUGUACUUAGAUACAUAAUUAUCCUAAACUGAUACUUGUUAUCCUUUAUGCUAAUGGAUCUCAAAACAUAAACCAUGAGCCCUUUAUGUUUCUGCUCCUUAUAAUUAAACUACAUGAAUGUUGUGGAGAUUGGUUUAAAUAAGUUAAAUUUAUAUCUACUGAUUAAGAAGCAACAGUGAUUAUAAUUUAUUAAUCUUAAAUCCAGUACAACACAGCCUAUGCCAAUUGGAAAUAAUGCUUACCGUAAAUACGACGUCAACAAAUAUGAAGGAGAAAAUUGUUUUAUUUUCUGCUGUAUAUAAGUGAAAUAGUUCAUGCAAUAUUAGUCUUGCACAAAUUAUGAAUUAUUACUCCAUUAAUGGAAUUAGUACCAAUAUAUGUAUCUUGACAAUCAACUAAAAUAUACUUAGA